CAAUCACUUAUUGUAAUUUGCGUCUGUCGAAAUUGGCGAUUGGCAUAGACCCUUUUUCCCUCCAUUGCUUUUUGCGCAUAACGAAACUGUUUUACUGCAAUCUUUAUUGAAGCUACUCGCAGCCCAUAGUAGUAUCUACAUCUGCAACACAAUCCGAUUCAACAACUCCCUAACUGAAAUCCCAGAAGCUCUGCAGACUUUUCACUCAAGUUUUCGAGAUUUCCAUGAAGCGGAGCUAUCCAGAAUCUUCAUCUUCGGGGUCUCUUGAACCCCCUCAAUCGAAACCCAGAUAUAAUCCGGACGGGGAUGGACACUUUCUAGAGGAUGAGAGUACAAAGUUUUUUGCUAGGAAAGUUGCUGAUCAUUAUAGUGCAAGGACCAAUCAGACUCUUGAAGAGCGAGAAGCAAGUCCAAUUAUCCAUUUAAAGAAGCUUAACAACUGGAUUAAGAGUGUCUUGAUUCAGUUGUAUGCCAAAAAAGGUGAUGCGGUUCUUGAUCUUGCCUGUGGGAAGGGUGGUGAUUUGAUUAAAUGGGACAAAGCUAAGGUUGGAUACUAUGUUGGAGUUGAUAUAGCUGAAGGCUCGAUAGAAGACUGUCGUACACGCUAUAAUGGAGAUGCGGACCAUCAUCAGCGCAGAAAAAAGUUUUCUUUUCCUGCCAGACUUAUGUGUGGAGAUUGUUUUGAGGUACGCUUGGAUAAAGUUCUAUCAGACGAUGCCCCUUUUGACAUUUGUAGCUGCCAGUUUGCUAUGCAUUACUCGUGGUCGACCGAGGCACGUGCACGGAGGGCUUUGGCCAAUGUAUCAGCUUUGCUUCGUCCAGGAGGCAUCUUUAUUGGAACAAUGCCAGAUGCCAACGUCAUCAUCAAAAAGCUUAGAGAAGCUGAAGGGUUGGCUUUUGGUAACAGCGUCUACUGGAUACGUUUUGACGAGGAGUAUUCAGAAAAGAAAUUUAAAUCCUCAACUCCCUUUGGCAUCAAGUAUAAAUUCCACCUUGAGGAUGCAGUAGACUGUCCAGAGUGGAUUGUUCCUUUUCAUGUCUUCAAAGCGUUGGCUGAAGAGUAUGACUUGGAGCUAGUUUUUGUGAAAAACUCUCAUGUUUUUGUGGAUGAAUAUCUAAAGAAACCUGAGUUCAUUGAACUCAUGCGGAGACUCGGUGCUUUAGGCGAUGGAAAUCAAGACCACAGUACACUAUCACCAGAUGAAUGGGAAGUAGCAUACUUGUAUUUAGCAUUUGUUCUGAGGAAGCGUGGGCAACCUGACCAAACAAGAGUUAACAAUAGACGCGACAAAGGCAAGAUGCAUGUCGAUAAGGAGGAUAUCAUGUACAUCAGCUCAGCUCAGAUUGAUGGAUGAUGGAUCUCACUAAAUAGUCCCAACCAGGUCUAGUAGAAGAGACGUGUAAAGAAGAACCAAAGUCUUCUGUAGAAAUGGGUAGCAAGCUUUUACUUGUAUGCCAUUUACUCUUUAGUCUCGAGUCCUAAAUGGCUGAGCAAUUUUGUGGAAUACUUAGAAUUGUAAUGUAUCAAAUUUCUGACGGCAGCCUUAAACAACAUGAUGCUAGAUUAGCGUUCCUCCUCCCCGCGGCCUAAUAUUCUAGUGAUUUUGAUGCCUUUUAGCGAUGUUAGUAGCUGGUCAUAAGGCUCCAGUAGACCAGACGUAGAAAUUUUAUCAAUGCUGACCUCCAAAUGUAUUCCGAGGGUUCAACUCAAAAAAGCAUAUAAGAAUGACAACAUUCAAAUA